AUGGAAAGGAACUGUCUACUUGAAGAUUGGCCGGAAGUUCAUCAAGUCCUUGAAGAAGAAGAUAAUAGACUUUUAAACAGUGAAUUCCUGAUUGAGGAAAUUGAAAAAUCUAUCACUGAUACUACAGGUUUUACUUCUCCUGGUGAAGAUGGGAUAACUUACUCCUUCAUUAAAAACUAUUGGCCUAUUAGCCUGUGUAACACAAUUUACAAAAUUGCUUCAAAGGUGAUCCUUAACAGAAUGAAAGCUAUUAUUCAAAAGAUCAUAACUGUUGAACAGGCAGCUUUUGAUAAAGGGAGAUCUCUUCAGGAUCAUGCUCUGAUUGCACAAGAACUUUUUCACAAAUUUAGGAUUUCUAAAGAUUCCAAGGGUCUUGUGUCUAUUAAAUUAGACAUGGAGCAAGCUUAUGAUUCUAUGGGGUGGCCUACUCUUCAAAAGGAUGUGUUUGGAAUUCGGGUUAGUAAGAAUGGUCCAAAAAUUUCACAUCUACUGUAUGCUGACGAUAUCAUAUUCUUUGCUGAAGCUAAGCUUAAGAAUAUGAAAACUAUUAAAAAAAUUGUUACCAGAUAUUGUGAAUGGACAGGGCGAAAUGUGAAUUCAAAUAAAUCAGGGAUUUUAUUUGGUAAAGCUGUUAACAGCCGUAAGAAGAGGAAAAUUAAAAGGAUUAUGGGUUAUAAGGAAGUUAAGGAGAUUAAUUAUCUGGGAUCAAAGCUAACAUUGAGAAGGCUUUCAAGGGUUGACUUUCAGUUUCUUCUUGACAAGACUGUUAUUCUAGCUCUUCCCUCAUUUUACUCUACAAUUUCUUUGGUUCCUAAAGCAGAUCGUAGAGAUAUUGAGAAACACUGCAGAAGGUUUAUUUGGGAUAAAUCAAAUGAAGUUCAUGGGUUACAUUAUUUGAGUUGGGAAAAGCUCUGUGAACCUAUUGAUAAUGGCGGUAGAGAUUUGCAGUCCUGUUCUAAUAAAUUGGGUCCUCUAAGGGCCAAGCUUGCCUGGAAAUACAUGAAAGAUGAAGAAUCCUUAUUACAUAAAACUCUUUACCCCAUAUACGGAUCUUGUUGGGAGGUUGUUAAUGGGAAUAAAUCUAUUUCUGCUGCUUGGAAAAUCAUUAAGGAUGGAAGCAAAUUUUUGAAAAAUAUCGUGAGGUGGGAUAUUGCUAACGUUAAUUCUAUUGAUGUAUUUGAAGAUACUUGGAUCCUUGAUAAGUGUCUUAACAGAUGGCCAACUUUUGUUAAUCCAUUAGAAGCAAAUGGGAAGUUAACAGUGGAUUAUUUUAUUUCUGGUAGUUACUGGAAUCUUAAUAAACUUUAUAAAUUUUUUGGCAAUGAAUUGGUUCGGCUAAUCUGCCAUACAGAAAUCAAAUCUGAGCUUAUUAAUGAUAAUUUUGAUCUCAUUCACAUGGAAUCUGGUAGAACUAUCUCAUCUAUGGCUGCUAAUAUCAAUUCUUCUUCUAAUUCUGUUCAAUCUCAUUGGAGUUGGCUGAAAAAAUCCAAAGUUAAUGCCAGAGUAGAAAAUUUCUGCUGGAGGAUGUUUAACAAUGCUCUACCAACCUUUUCCUUUCUAUCCUAUAGAAGGCUUCAAACCAGUUCGUAUUGUCCUAGAGGCUGUCAAGAAGAAGAGAAUAUUUGUCAUCUUAUUUGUAGAUGUCAAAAACUGGUUGAAAUAUUUAAAAUUCUGGAUACUUGGGGCUUUCAUAUAACAGAUUUUAAUAACAAAGAGGAAGUUUUUGAAUGGUUGUUCAGGCAAAAUCAUUUUAUGUCAAGCUUAUUAUGUAAUGUGAUCUACCUUAAUUGGAAAGAAAGGAAUGAAUUGGUUCAUGGGAAGAAAGGAAAGAGUUCUAUGUUUAUAGCAAUUGAAGCAAUCAGCUUUUUAAGAGCUCUUAAAACUCCUAACUUCAUCAAAUCGGGCCGGUUGGGUUCUAAUCAGCAUAUGCUGUUUGAAGAUCGUUGGUGCCCUCCUCCACCCGAAUGGAUCAAGUUGAAUGUUGAUGCAACUUUGUUUCCCUCUUAUAAAGGAGGAAUUGGUGGUGUUAUUAGAGACUUCAAAGGAAGACUUAUAGCAGCGUUUGGGAAGCCUGAAAUUCAUUGGGAUAUCACUCAUUUGGAGCUUCUAGCUAUAACUUCUGGUAAAGAUAUACUCAAAGAUUGGAUGCAUGGUUAUAAAUGUAUCAUAAUUGAAAGUCAUAAUAUCAAUAUUAUCAAUCUCAUUCAUAAAAAGAAAGAAGCCAAAGCGGGAUUCACGCGGGUGAUGGAGGAUUGCCUUCUGGUGACCUCUGAUGACUGGAAUGUUCCACCGUGGAAGGGAAUAGCAUCAACGACUUCUGGUAAAGCAUAUUUGGAGAAGGCACCGAGAAAUUACAAUUCGGCCUUGGUUAUCCGAGAACCAAAUUUGGAGAAAGUUGCGGUUGUUGCAGAUUUGGUAUUUAGGAGGUGUAUUCCUUUGCAUCUAGUAGCAACUGAGCUGAGACGUCAGUGGAUGAAGUUUAGUAAAUUUCAUCUAACGAGCCUUGGUUCUGACUGGGUUUUAUGUUCAUUCUUCUCUAAGGAGGCCAUGGAGAAUGUUCUAUUGGGAGGGCCAUGGUUCGUCAAUGGGUAUAUAGUUGGGCUAGAUAAGUGGAGUUCAGAAUUCAAUCCCAACUCACUCAAAGUGUUGUCUUCUCCAAUAUGGAUUACGAUGUCGAGUUUGCUGCUAUACUGCUGGGAUGAAAUCAAUGUCUCAAGGAUAGCGUCUUCUAUUGAAGAACCAAUUUUGAUAGAUGGGGAUAUGUUCCAAUGGGGGAGGAGAAAAUUUGCUAGGAUUUGCGUCCGCAUUCAGCUUGAUCGACAAUUGCCUACUAGUGUUCGGGUGGAAGGCGUUAAUGGCAAAUUUUUUCAAAAAGUGGAAUAUGAGAAAAUUUCCAACUUUUUUAUGAAUGUGGACGUGUUGGCCAUUUGA